GCCAUGAGCCAGGGAUGCCGGCCGCCACCAGGAUCUGGACGGGGCGGGAAGGAUCCUCCCGCAGAGCCCAGAGGGAGCCUUGCCCUGCAGACACCUGGAUUUCAGCCCAGUGGUACCGACUUUGGACUUCUGGCUUCCAGAACUGUUGUCUUACCAGUUUGUGUUGGUUUGUUACCACAGCUACAAGAAACGAAUACACUUCGGAACAAACAACCCCAAAGCGCAGAGGCAGAACUCGGCAAUCAGUUUUCCUGGCUGGGGGCCUGCGGGCUGGCCGGGGCUCAGCUAACCAGGCUCGGCUCCGUGGGGGUGGCUCUGCCCCAUCUCCUACCCUCCUCCUGGGACCAGCAGGAGGCAGAAGCACAGUAGGGCAGAGGGAGCCGCCUUCGGCCUGGACUCAGAACUGGAACAUUGUCACUUCCACCCGCGUGCCAUGGCCAAGCCAGCCGCAUGAGCCAGCACAAAGAGGAGACCCUGGCGAGGUGUCGGAGCCCCAGGCUGCCCGCAGUGCCCCGGAGAAGCCGGCCAGCACGGCGAUCCUGUGUAACACCUGCGGGAACGUGUGCAGGGGGGAGGUGCUACGGGUGCAGAGCAAGUACUUCCACAUCCAGUGCUUCGUCUGCAAAGAAUGCGGCUGUGACCUGGCCGAGGGCGGCUUCUUCGUGCGGCAGGGCGAGUACAUCUGCACCCAGGACUACCAGAGACUGUACGGGACCCGCUGCUUCAGCUGCGAUCAGUUCAUCGAGGGCGAGGUGGUGUCGGCGCUGGGCAAGACCUACCACCCAAACUGCUUCGUGUGUGCCGUCUGCCGGUUGCCCUUCCCGCCCGGGGACCGAGUGACCUUCAACGGCAAGGAAUGCAUGUGCCAGAAGUGCUCCCUGCCCACAUCAGCGGGCAGCAGCGUGCCCCUGUCCCAGGGCCUCUGGAGUUGCAAGGGCUGCGGAGUGGAGAUCAAAAACGGCCAGUCCCUGGUGGCCCUGGAGAAACACUGGCAUCUGGGCUGUUUCAAGUGCAAGACGUGCGGGAAACAACUGAACGCGGAGUAUAUCAGCAAGGAUGGGCUGCCCUACUGUGAGGCCGACUAUCACAGCAAGUUCGGGAUCCGCUGCGAUGGCUGUGAGAAGUACAUCACGGGGCACGUGCUGGAGGCGGGGGAGAAGCACUUCCACCCUCUGUGUGCGCUAUGUGUCGGGUGCGGCCGGAUGUUCGCGGAAGGCGAGGAGAUGUAUCUGCAAGGCUCCUCCAUCUGGCACCCGGCAUGUCGACAGGCAGCCAGAACUGAAGACAAAAGCAAGGAAACCAGAACCUCUUCAGAGAGCAUCAUUUCCGUCCCUGCUUCCAGCACCUCAGGGUCUCCGAGCCGCGUGAUUUAUGCCAAGCUGGGUGAUGAGAUCCUUGACUACAGAGACCUGGCCGCUCUCCCUAAGAACAAGGCCAUCUACAGCAUCGACCGCCCCGACAUGAUCUCCUACUCGCCCUUCAUCAGCCACUCGGUGGGGGACAGGCAGAGCUGCAGCGAGUCCCCGCGGCUGCUCUCGCCGACGCCGCCCGAGGGGUAUCAGGAUGACCGCUCCUACAAGCAGUGCCGGACCUCCAGCCCAAGCUCCACCGGGUCGGUCAGCCUCGGCCGUUACACCCCGACCUUGCGGUCGCCCCAGCACUACAGCCGUCCAGCCGGGCGGCGAUCAGAUGGGGAGGACGGAAGUUUCGACGCGGAUAACAGGAAGCAGAAGACCAACUGGCUACUUCUCAAGGGGGACGGAGACACUAGGACCAACUCUCCAGACCUAGACAGCCAGUCUUUGGCCCACAGUAGCGGGACUGAUAGAGGCCCUCUCCAGACGAUGCCAGGGGACAACAUUUACUCACGUGAGUGGUUCUUUUGAGCAAGGAGCUGUCAGUGUGGCAUGAAAGUCCUUACAGAAAAGGGGCCCACAACCUCGAGCCAAUCCCCCCCAGAACUAAGCCUUGCUCAUUAAAAACUACGAGAGCAAACCCACAUACAGAAUGGCAAGCCCGGUAGGAAGCAGACCAGUAGCCGUGUGCUGGCUUCCCUUGGUGACACCCUGAUUCAGCCAGCCUGCUGCCCAAGGGCCACGCCAGCGUCUCCCGGAACUCUCCAGAGCCGGCAAGAGGGCAGAAGGCCAACUCAGGCUCCUGGGCUCCUUUGGGAAAAGGGCUUGCAGGCUGCCAGGCUGGAAGUUGAGGGCCCGGCUCCCUCCGGAGCGGACAGGAGCAUGGUCCAGGGGGGCGAGUCCAGACUCGGAGCCGAGAACGGCAUUAUCGUGUCUCCUGUGCUCAUCUUGGGCGAGGGGCCGGGAGCUGGGACUACAGAUCCUCAGGGAGUGCAGGAGACAAAGACCCCGUCUGCCUGAUCCGGGGGGUCGUGAAGCUGCAGUAGGCGUGACCUUCAGAUGCCGGGCCAAACUCCCCAUAUAACAUUCUUCACGUCCAGAGGCUGUAAAUUAUAGGCGGAAACGACAGCAAGCUGCCGUCUGAUGCCCGCGGUGGAUGGUGGGCAGAGUCUUUGGGUCUCAGCAGCUGUGGGUGGGUUUCUGUGGACAAGCUGGAGGCUUAGCUUGGAAGCAGAGGCCAGGAGGGGAUGGUUGUGGACGUGAGAAAGCCAAGGAAAGACACUGGCUUUGCCGUAAGACAGACCUGAGUUCAAAUGUUGGCUCACCACUCGCUGGGCCCCAUUUUCACCUGUGUGCCCGGCGGGGUCGUUAGAGACCCGGAGGAGGUGCCACGUGUGCAGCCAGCACUUGGCCGGGCCCGUAGUAGAUGCUCAUCGUCAUCACCACCGUUCUCGUGACUGUAAACCGUCUCGCAAAUGAAAGUGCGUGUGCUCCGACGUGGGAAGAGGGUGAGAAGCGUGGAGGUGAUCACUUGUUAAAGAAGAUGUCUAAACAGGGAAAGCGUGUGUCGUUUUGUGUGUGAUCUCUGUAAGCAGAUGUCUGUGUGCCCCGGGCCCCGUCCGCCUGGGCCUCUGCUCUCUAAAUGGGAUCCAGAGCCGGAGCACAGGGCUGACAUCCCCGUUGGAAGGUCACACCGGAGAGUCCCCCAGAGGGUCUCGUCCAAACGGAGGCGUGCUUCUCCUGCUUAGGAUCUGGAAGGGCCGAGGCAGGCUGCCCAUCCCACCAGCGGCAGAGUGAGGGGUGAGGGGUAAUGCAGGACUUGCAUGUGGCCCCCGGACACUGGCCUUGACCAUGGCCUUUUCUGUUUUGAACUUUGUGUUUCCUAACGCAAUUGAGUUUGGAAGGUGGAUUGCUCCUGCUUCGCCAGCCGGCCAGCAGCCCCCAGUAGCCCCCAUGCCUUGAGGGCACCAAAGCGUUAGCCCCGGGACUCGAGAGCACCCAGGAAAGGACUGUCUGGGGUCCUCAGGGUGGUCUUUUCUAGCUUCAGUCCUUCCCUUGCUGGGAGGUGGGUGGGCCUACAUCUGCAGCUCCCCGCGCUGUCUCUCCUCAGGGGGGCAGCUGCUGUCCCCAGGGAGUCCCACUUACCUUCUGGUCUGCCUGUGGCUUGGGGCUUAGGGAGGUGGGGACACCAUCUGGGGAGAAGCCUGGGCAGGAGACGGGCCGCCCCGUGGGGACCUCCCUGUGCCGCGCUGACCCGUUCGUGUUUCCUCACCUCUGUGCACUGCUUCCUCGUCUGCAUGUGCUGGACGAGGCGCCCUGCGGUCGUCCCAGGCGUCCCCCAGGCGGUAGGCCCUGUGAGACGCGGAGGCUGCGCAAGUGUUUUGGCCAGUCACACACCUUCAAGGUCUGUUUGUCGGCCCCGUUCCUUGGUGCCGUGUUCCGAUCACAAGCUGCAGGUGUAGCCGCGGAUGGGAAUGGACCGCCUCCCAUCCAGGUGCGCCCGGCCAGCAGGAAUUGGAAAGCCUAUGCUAGAAUUCGUGCUCUAACUGGGGCGAACCCUCCAAAGUACAAACAACCUGCGUGUGUGUGUGUGUGUGUGUGUGUGUGUGUGCAUGUGUGUCCUCCUCCUUCAGGGAUGCAGGCUCACGAUGACCAUGACAAUGGUUCUGUCAUCCCUUCGCUUUCUACACAUGUUCUGACGUCAAUUCCUCCGAACGGGAAACCCACUGUGUCUAACAAUUGCAAUUGUGCCUUUAUUUCUGUCCUGGUGACAUCGCCUUGUUUCCCAACGUGCAUGGAAAUAGCAGCGAGGACACAGGCUGCUGGUCAUGCCUAGGUCAGGCGUGCCUUGCUAUCUGCCGGCCUCUUGAGACAUUUGGACGGGAUGAGCACACUCUUAAACUGAGAAGAGAGGGGUAUCCGCCUUCUCUUCUCGGGUUCCUUCCAAUCUCACCAUGUAGCCCCCAACCGUGAGUCCAUCGACACCAGUUUCGUUUGCAAACAACCGUUAAUGAACAAAGUGUUUGCAUGUGGCAAGGCACGCCUGCCUGCAUCCCUGGGACAUCCAUCUGUAGCGCACCCAAGGGGGGUAGGAUCGUGACGCUCAACACAGUGGGCGCUCAAUAAAUGUUUGUUGAAUUGAGAUGCAUUAAAUUCAACGGGUAUUUAUUGAGCGCCCACUGUGUGCCAGACGCUGUGUAGGGCACCGAGGGGGAGACCGAGAAGAGCAGCCCCUGACCCAGAGACGCGUGCAGGGAGCUGGGACAGGCAAAGACGCCAUUGAGAGCAAGUGCACACGCACCCUGCCGCCGCCUGCCUGGGGUCCUCCGUGGGCACUCCGGGGCCACGCACAACCUCAUCCCACUCAUGACACCAUCAGCACAUCUCACCUGAGACUGAAUUCAUCAUUCAGUCAUUCAUCCACCCCUUCACCAGACAUUAACUGAGCACCUACUAUGUGCUGAACACAGUGCUAGGCAGCGGAGAGGAGGUGGUGAAUAUGGCCCAGUGCCUGUUCCCCAGGGAAGCAGACAACUGACAAACCAGUGUGACAUCCCUCUCCGCUAUGGCAGUGGUUCUCAGCCAGCACUGACAGCCCCUCCGAAGGAGGUGUCAUUGAAAUACACAUUGUAUGACAGACAGCUCAUUUUCCUUUAUGCUACACUUAGGGCAUUAUCUGGACUAUGCAUGUAGUAGGUUAUAUUAUCGAUGAAUCUGAUUUCUGCACAGGAAAGGGAUGGUAUUGAUUUUCUGUUACAAGAAGAGGGUCUUGAGUCUUACAGGAUGAGAUUCACUGCCCCAGCAGAACACGAGGUGGUGUGGGCCCCCCUCCCCUGGUCUAGACCCUGUGGACCGGCCUGCUGCUGCUCUGGGUCCCACCUUCCUAACCCUUCACGUCCUGUCCUCCCUUCUGAGGUUUCCCACAUCCCCUCCAGGUGGUCACAGGUGUGCUGAAGUAAGACAAAGCCCCAGGCCAGCUGGAGACCCUUCCCUGAGGGCUCAGUGACCCGUGGAAAGGACCCCACCCUGCCAAAGGGAAUAAGGCCUUCCCUCAAAUCCCAGCCCGUGAGGGGAAUUAGGGCGGGCUUGGAGGUCGGGGUGAGGAAAGCUGCACAUUAGAGACCAAGGCAGUGCAGAUGGUUGGUCCCGUGGGGACCACUGCACGCCCACCCUGCCUGUGGUUUUGCGGUUUUACGUCACCCUCUGUGUGUCUGUCCCCAUGGAGUCCCGUCCCCUUGUCUUCGCCUGCUGCCCACCCAGUCCGGGCCUGGUCUGGGGCUGGGAUCCGAGAUUGCUUCCUGGGUCACCCACCCCCAGUGCCCACCAGUGUGAAGCUCGGGAGACAGCACCUCUGUUCCACUUUUCCUUCCCUGCUGGCAGGAGGAAAGCAGGUUUGAGGCCUGGCCAGAAGUGGCUUUCCUCACCCCCUGUUAAGUCCUCUGGAGUUUCCAGGCAAGAAAAAGUCAUUCUCACAUUUCUUAGUCCACGGCUGAAAGAGAGAGAGACCUGAUUCGCUGUCUGCCAACCCCAUGAGAAUUUUGGGGGGGUUGGCCAUCCUCAGUCUGGGCAUUGGGACCUGAGGACCCCAGGGGCAGGAUCCAUAAGCAUCACACUGACGGGACCUCAGUCCUGGCCCUCAUUUUUGGACAAGCAAGAGAAGGCCCAGAGACAGGGUGUGACCACUGAACAGGUCCUGGGGCCGGAGCAGAGGCCAAACAGACAGCACCCCAGACCCAGGAGCUGACGGUCCAGAGGAGGCGGGGACACAGACAGAAAGCACAUUAGAAAGUAAGGCCUAUGGCGCAUGCAGGUCGGGGGGCCAGGUGCUGCCGAUGGCUCGGGGAAGGGAGAUGCUAAGUGAGCAGGCUUGAGGGCUGCAGGCUUGAAGGGGUAGGUGUGGGAGUGAGCCCUCCUGACAGAGGUGAAGCCUGGCUGCUGGGCUCUGCGGAAGGGCUGGAGCCUGGGAUGCGCAGGGUCACAGAGGGCUUUAUGGGCCUUGGGAGGGCUCGUCCUGGCCUCGGAGUGGAGGACGCACCUAAGGGUUCUCAGCAGAGCCCUGGCCGCCUCUGACUGAGGUUUCAGCCGGACUGUCGGGGCAGGAGGGGAAUUGCCAUCAUCCAGGCUGGGGGAGGGUUCUGGGGGAGGUAGUCUUUUGGGGGUGUCCUGGGGUGCUCUGAGCAGCGGUUUGGGAAACAGGAAGCCAGUGGGGAGGCGGGAGAGGGCGGCCAGAAACAGCUGGUCUGUGCGUGAUGCUGGGAAUUUUCCUCUCUGUCUGCUGGGGCCCGGGGUCGGUGCGCCAGGGCCGUGAGCAGGAGAUGAGGUGAUGUGUUUUAUGUGUUCAGACACGGACGGGCAGCUUUGCAGAGGAUAGACUGGAGGCUGCUGGGCUGGGGCUCAAGGGAUUGGGGUGUCCAGAUAAGCCAUGGGGAGGCCCCCCUGAACAGUCUAAACAGCAGGACUGGUGCAAGCAGUCGAGGAGGGGUGGGGCGGGGGGCGCGGAAUCAGGAAUGACCGGGGCGUCCUGGCGCAGGUGGGUGGAGGUACCUCUGUUCGCAGCUGGGCAGGAACAAGGUGGGUUCUUCAUGUUGAGGCCCAGGGAUGAGAGAGCCCGGGCCAGCAGAGGGGGCGGGGGAAGGCUGGGAGGGAGAGGCCCGAGGGAGCUGGAGGGCUUGCGUCCGGCACCCGGCAUCCAGCAGGUGGCUGGGACUCCCCUGGGGCAGAGCCCGCUGAGGAGGGCAUGGCCUGCCUGGCCUCCAGCUGGAGGGACAGAGUACCCUCUGCCCCCUGCUCACGUUCGGCCCCAGCAAGAGCAGUGAGGGUUCCAGACGUCAGGGAGGGGACCUUGGCCCAGGAGAAGCCACCUCCAGGUGCGAGAGGGGGGCACCAGGACAGAGCCCUCUGCCGUUCCCUGGGGGCUGGCUGGGACUCUUCGCUUUUAGCAAAGGUCCCUGUGCCCCCCGUGAUGGGCAGGCUUGCCCCCAGCUGGGGAACUGGACAGGGUGUGGCCUCAGAUUUGUGGGCAGAGGCGCAGGCAGUGCCUGAGACCCUCAGGUGUCCGGGGGAAGGAGCCCACGUCCCAGGUCACAGCUCUCAGGGCCUCCUCUGUCCCCCUACACACAACUCUGCCCAGGUCUUGAGGUGUUCCCACCCACCUGGGAGCUCUGUCUCCCCUCCCCCAACCCCCGCCGGGAGCACCUUAUCUAUGACCCUGUGUGUCCUUUUCUGCCCUGAGGACUGUUAGCUCCUGGGGAGCAGGGUCCAGAUGGGCCCCCCGUGCCUCCCCCUGUGCCCACAGCAGCCCCCCAGUGAGUGCCCAUGGGGUGGCGGGUGCCCAGGUCUUCCCUCCUUCGUGGGCCCCAGCACGGUGGGGGCUAGGGGGGGAGCGACAGAGUGCAUGAGAUCACGUGAGGGGUCAGCAGAGAUGGCUAGAUGCGGGUGCGAUCCCGCUGGGUUGAAUCCUAGCCUCUCACUUGCUAUGUGACCUUGGGUACGAGAGCAAACUUCUCUGAGUUUGGAAUUGCCUCGUCUGUAAAAGUGGGGAUGUUCCAGUCCUCCUGGCAGGCGGCACCCGGGCUUUGGGGCUCAAACGUGGGCAUCCUAUGGGCUGAGCCCCGGGGUGUCACACAGAGCUGGUCAGAUCCACAAGCCAGCCAUGGUGAGUGGACCCCUCUCGCUUGCUUCUGAAGCCUGAAGCUCAGACGGCCCAAGGGGCCUCCUGUUCAUGUUCCUAGGGGCUGAAGGGGGUCCCAGCCCCUCCUUCCUCAGACGGGGUUGCCGAGGCUCAGAGAGGGGACCCGAACCUGCACAGGGCCACGCAGCUGCAAGCUUACAUAUUCGUACAUCAGUGAACUGAAAACCGUUCACCAUCCCGGUGAAACUGACAAAGAUCUGCCCAGAGAAAUGGCUUCCUGACCGUUGUCCACAAAGCAUCCUGGAUGCUCUGAUGAGCCGUGUGCCUGUAGCUGCACCUGGAAUAGUCAUCCACCUGCAAGGGGCCUUUCCUUGCCCAUCCGUCCAGUGGCUCCUCUAACCUCUGACAAGCCAGCCCAGAAGAUGGACAGACGCAAGGAGACCCAAGAUCAAUCCCAGCAGAAUGCUGAGGGCAAGGUUGCCACGGGUGGGCUUCUGGGAGGAGGUGACGGGGAGACUAGUUAGGCUGAGCUUGGACAUGGGGCGUGGGCAGGUGUCCAGUGGUUACAGGGCCUGAUACAACUCGGGGUCACGAGUACCCAGCUGCCACCUGUCCAGGUCUGGCACACCUGCCUUCUCCCGCUGCGCCUUCUCUCUCUCUCUAAUAUACACACAGCACACACUCUUAAGGCCAGCCAAUGCCACAGGCCAGGCAGUUCCCUAGAAGACUCCCACACCUGCAAACCCUCACCAGGGCAGAGCUGCUGGAGCAGAUAGGGUUACUGGUUCCCGAAGCUAGGGUCCUGGGAGAUUGUCUCAUCCUCUUCAUGAGUAACAAUUUGAUAUUAUACAGGUCACUUAAUUUCACUAGGCCUCAGCUUCCUGAAAUGUAAAAUGGGCUCAUGUGUAAUGCCUUGGCUUGUGACGGUCAAGAAAAUCUCUGAGUACGUGAAGGGACCUUUUAAACAGGUGGUUCUCAAUCUCGGCUGCACAUUGGAUCCUGGGACCUCAGAAAUCUACUGAUGGCUGGUCCCAUCCCAAGAGAGGCCAAUUCUAAUGGGUCUUGGUAGCAUCCCAGGGAUGUGAUCUCUCCCUGCUCUUUCCCACUCAGUACAACUGAAAGGCCCAAGAACAGUAGGACAGUAGACAAUCACAGAACUCUGGAGGGUAGAGAGAGGAAGGUGGACUGGCCAGAGAACUGAGGACUUGAGGAAAUAUGCGGGACCAGUGUCUCUCACCUCCCAUGCAGUGGACAAGGUGACCAAGUAGAUGACUGCCCUCCCUGGUACCCAGCAGAAGGCCCACUGGCACCCAGCAGCCUAGAGAAUAGGCCCAGGGAAACACUCUCCAUCCAUGGCUGGUGUCUCCCACCCCCACCUCGGGGUAUGGGGCAACCAGGGAAGCACCUUUCACCCCAGGUUGCUACUGGAAACGCCAGGUGGACGCAGCAGACCAGAAGAGCACUUUAACUAAACUGACUUCGGACUCACAGCCCAUAAUAAGCCAUGCCCCACAUGUUAAACCUAAGCACAGGGACAGCCUGCUGACAUGGAAAACUUAGCUAGGAUCCAGGUCUCCCAACAUAACAUCCGAAUGUCCAGGAUGCAGUGGAAAAUCACUCAUCACACCAAGAACCGUGAAGGUAACUAUUUGAAUGUGAAAAGGCAAUCACCACGUCCUAACACGGAAAAGAAUCAGAUAUUGGAAUUAUCCUGAGAAGGAUUUUUAAGGCAGUCAUCGCAAAACUGCUUCAACAAACAAUUGCAAAUACUCUUGAAACAAAUGAAAAAGAAAAAAAGAAAAUCUCGCAGAAGAAAUACAAGUUAUAAAAAAAAGAAUCCAAUGGAAAUUAUGGGAAAGAAAAAUAAAAUAACCAAGAUUCAAAAAUUCACUGGGUGGGUUCAAUAACAGAAUAGUGGGAUUUGUCAGAGGAGAGAAUCAGUGAACUUGAAGAUAGAACUACAGAAAUUAUCCAACUUGAACAGCAGAGAGAAAAUAGCAGAAAAGAAUGGACAGAGCCUCAGAGACCUGUCAGACAACACUUCUAUCACUGGAGUCCCAGAAAGAAGAGAAUGGGUCUGAAAAAUAUUCAAAGAAAUAACGCCUGAAAACUUAACAAAUUUGGCAAAAGCCAUAAACUUCACACGCUCAAGAAACUGAGUGAACCCCAAGUAGAAUAAGCUCAAAGUAAUCCACACCAAAACACAUCAUAAUUAAACUUACAAAAACUAAAGACAGAAAAAAAUAAUACUGAAAACAGCCUGAGAGAAAAGACAUAUUAUACUCCCUACCGGGGACACCAACGCAAAUGACAGCCAACUUCUCCCCAGAAACCGUGGAGGCCAGAGGAAGAUGGCACGUACUUAACGUGCAAAAAGACAUUUGCUGUGGAUGUGAAUUCUAUCUCGGAUGGAAAUAUCCUUCAGGAAUGAAUGGAAAAUGGAGGCAUUCUCAGACAAAGGAAAACUAAGACAAGUUUUCACUCGCAGACGUACUUGGCUCAAAGCAGUUCUCCAAACAGAAAGGAAGUGAUAAGAGAGCUCGGAAAUUCAGAAAGGAAGAACAUCAAAACAGGUUAAAAUAGGGGUCAGUAUAACAGCCUGUCCUUCUUGUGAUGAGUUUCUUAAAUCAUUGAUGAUCGAAGCAAAAAUUGUUACACCAUCCGAUAUGGGAACUCAAGGCAGGUAGAAGAAAGAGCGAAGACAGUCAUAGUUGAUGAGUGAGGAAGAUGAAGUGGCCUGAGUGGAAGUAAGGUCUCUACACCUACUGUGAGACCAGAGGCCGGCAGCCUGAGCACAGGGGAUUUUAGAAGCUGGCUAGGUGAUUGCAGUGCAUCCAGGUAGAGAACCGCUGGUUUAGAGCAGGUAAGGCUGGAGGUGAGGGCAUAGUUGUUCUCGGGGCCCUAAGGGUUUCCAAGCCUUAGUGUGUAUCAAAAUGCCCUGGAGGGCUUGGAAAACACAGACCACUGGACCCCAGCCCCAGAAUUCUGAGUCUGUAGGUCUGGGGUGGGUCCUGAGAAUUUGCCUUUGUAGCAAGCUCCCAGGCGUGGCUGGUGAGCUUGUUAUUGGAGACGCCACUUUGAGAAGACUACGCUGGCAUCCCCGACUGAUCAGGAGCUCCUGGGUCUCAGCUGAGGGUCCCUUAGAUCCUCAGCCCGACAGCCUCACAUGCCCAAGUGUGCCUGGCUCUGGGUGUAAAUUGGGAAGCAGGUGUGUCCUGGAGGGACCUCAGGACUGUAAGUCAGGAGGCCCUUGUCUUGUGUUCCAGGGCUGGGUGACCUUGGGCAGGUCCCUCUGUGUCCCCGGGCCUCAGUUCCCCUUCUGUGAAAUGGAAGGAGCUGGCUAGGUCACUUACCUGGCGGAGCCCAGGGCAACCAGGAGGGGCGAGGGAUGCCCGGCAGGCCUGGCCUGAGCGUCUGGCCCUGCUACUCUUCCUCUAGCUCCGCUCUCCUCUGUUUCAUGUAUUGGAGUUUUCACAUCGAUUUCCUAUGACAAGAGGGCUCCUUGGCUAAAACCAGUUUGAGAACCCUGCCCUUGAUGUCGUGAAAGGCCCUUCCUGACCCACAUCUGGAACCUUCCCACAGACUACCCUGGGACAAACAAGUCCCCGAGGCAGGUCCCCAGCUGAGGCCUUUCCUACAGGUGUGACCUGUACAGAACGUCUUCUCUGACCCUCCACCCCACAAGACAGGCGCCUGGAUCGACCAGCAUCCUGUGCUCAGAAGCGGGCCUCCCUGGAGUGGGCGGGUGGGUGGACGGACAGGCAGUUCUGUGCACAGCGCCCGUCUCACCUUUGGAGGCUCAGUCCUCCGGCUUACAGCCUCGUGAACACAGAGGGAGGGGACCCGCCGUCUGCUCUGAGCCCUCGCGGGCAGCCUGGUGGCUCCCAGGAGCCAGUGCUAUUGCCUGAGCUGUGGGGCACAGGGACCCCCCAGAUGCAUCAGACAUGGCCCCUGCUUUUUACGGGCCCACAGGCUAUGGAAAGACAGUUCAGGCAGCCGGGAAAGGCCUCCUAAGGGUGCUUCUGAGGGUGGUGGAGGUCCCCUGCCCCUCCAGGGGGCCCAGGCUGUGCCCCUUGGCCUCCCUUCUGGGGCACAUCCCACACGGACUUCUGAGCCAGGAGUUUCCGCUCUGCUCUCUCCAGACGUGGCAUUGAAGCGGUUCACUGGGUGGUCUCAAAGUCCUAGGCUCCCCAGAGCAGCCAGGGAUGUGGUCGAUGGAGGGAGACCAGGUGUGGGGUUCCCACAGGGAAUCCAGGGCCCAGUGUCUCAGACUGGCCCUUUGAGAAGCUAGAAAUUAGGAUUUUAAUGUGAAAUCCCCCAACUGCAAACAGGUCAAGGGUUUUGAAAAAGUAGUCUGCAGGCCGCCUCUGGUGGUGCUGGGCCUCCGCUGGCCGCCUCUGGUACAGGUUAGCACAGCCCUACCCUGCAUGGGGGCCCCUUCCUCCCUCUGCCCCCGCUCUCCUGGUCAGCCAGGUGAGGAGCUUGGCCUGGUGAUAGAGGCUUCCAGAGGAUGCAGGUGCCUGCCAGGCCGGCUCGGGCUCCGUGACGUUCCUGGUGUCAUGGGUGGGCUCCGGGACGUCCCCCACUUCCUGGCUUCAUCCUCAGUCAGUGCCCUGGGGAUAGAGGUCUCGAAUGAGGCAGGUGGGAUUUUCAGGGCCGUCCCAUGUCACCUGUGCAGCCCCGCCGACCUGGCUGCAUGCGUGACAGCUGUGCUGUGUCUG